ACAGCAGACGAGGGGGGGCAUCCCUACAAAGAGGGAGCCGGGAGGAGAAACGGCAGACGAGGAUAGGAAGAGUGACUGAGAGGAUAGAGAGCAUCUGAGAGAGAGGGUUCGCAUGCAGGACCGUGAAUAAACAGCAGGCAGACGUUGGAGUGCUUUUUUUUUACUUCCACCACAACUGCUACAGCUGAGGAGAUGCUUAUGUGAUGAAAGCAAUUGAUUGUGCAUAGUAAGCAAGAAGCUUUCUUCCUUUGUAUUGAUAAAGAGCAGGAAUUCAUAAAUUGCUGCAUCUUAGAGUGUCUCAUUAUGGAUGACUCUAGGGAACUUACUGAAUAGAUCUCAGCACUGCAUCAUGGUUCAGCAAAGGACCCACAAAUACUCGUCGGUCAUGGAUGGCAAUUCUACCAGAGAGGUCUUCGUGGGACUGGCGGCAGAGGAUGAUACUGAGGUGUAUGGACAUGUUCCUUCUAACAAAGACCCCAACUGGUGCAAAACUCCAACUGGGCACAUCAAGAGACCAAUGAACGCUUUUAUGGUCUGGUCCCAGAUUGAGAGACGGAAGAUCAUGGAGCAGUGGCCUGACAUGCACAAUGCUGAGAUUUCAAAGCGCCUUGGAAAGCGCUGGAAACUACUGCCUGAUUACGAGAAGAUACCCUUCAUCAAAGAGGCUGAAAGGUUGCGUCUAAAGCACAUGGCUGACUAUCCAGACUACAAGUACCGGCCCAGGAAGAAGAGCAAGUGUUCCACUCCAGUGAAACUUGGAGAGAAGUUGCCUAUGAAAUCCAGCAGGUCCCAUUCAGGAAGAUCUAUCGGGCUGUCCUGCAAAGGGCUAAAGAUCAAACCUGCUUCUACCAAGCCUAAAAUGAACUCUAAUGGCAAUAAAUAUAAGAGCUACAGUGAGAGCAUGAGUGAUGACGACAUGAUGGAUGUAAACAUAGACAGUCCAGUGACUCUGCAAGAUGAUCACAACCAGUCAAGUAACUUUGUCCUUCACCAGCAGGCUACCGUUCCCUCCGAGGACCAGCAACCAGUUCCUGAGCUCAGAGUGAAAGUGGCCAUCUCUCAAACCAGCAGCAUCCAGAGUCUCUCCUCGGACAAAGAGUGCCAGGCACUUCCGGAGUGCACAACGAGUGAGCCACGAGGGUUGACAUCUGGAAGAUCCUCCACUCCAACCUCAACCAGCUCCUCCUCUUUGGUGUCAUCAGCUUGUUCGGAUGAGGAAUUAGACGAGGAACUCUUGCAUAUCAUUUCUAACAGUAUGCCUAUGGACAGCUCCGCUCUGGACAAGGACUUUGAAGCAUUUCAUGCUAACUCAGGAUCCCAUUUUGACUUCCCAGAUUACUGCACUCCAGAGGUGAAUGAAAUGAUUUCUGGGGACUUGCUUGUGCCCAGCAUCUCAGACCUAGUGUUCACUUACUAAAGUCGAGCCCUUUGUAAUGUGGGCAGGCCUGCAUAGCUGCCAAUUUGAAAAUAUUUUGUCCAUGUUGUACUUGGACAAUUCCUUUUUCCAUGUGUUUAUUUUCUCACUGAAUUCCAUAAGUGCUACUGCUUUCCUUUCCAAGCAUGUCACAUCUUGUUAGUUUAGCUAACAGACACACAGGGCUAUGCAGAGCUGUUCAGGACAGUAAGACAUUCCGAUUUUGUUUGGAUAUAGUGCUUAGACACAUGAAAAUCAUUUUACCAGCUGUCUAGAUAAAUGUCUUAAACUAAUCGCUAAGUGCCUGAUGGGCAGCAGUUAGAGGCAAGGAUUUUAUCAAUUUAAAGGGAAAAAUUCACCUAAAAAAAAAAAUUCUGUCAUCAUUUACUCAUCUACACAAAUUACUUUCUUCACAAAAUACAAAAGAAGAUACUUUGAAUGUGUCAGCUGUUUUUGUCCAUGUAAACCACUGACUUUCAUUCUUCAAAAUAUCUUCUUUUGUGGUCUACAGAAGCCAGAAUGCCAUUAGUGUGAGGAUAUGAUGACCAUUUUCUUUUUUUUUCUUUUUUUUUGGGUGAACAAGCCCUUUAUUAUACAGCACUGUAAUUUUCAUCACUGCUCAUAAAAUUAGCUCUUAAUCAUGAUUCAUUCAAAUGUGAUUUUCCCAGAAGUUUCAAUAUAGAGGUAUGCUGACAGAUUUGGUGCAUUCAUAUUCGGAAACAAAAAUGAUGAAAAGGAAAGGAUGAGCAAAAUCAUUUAUUAUAACCUCCAGCACUUAAAGGUAAAGCAUCAGUAACUUUGCAGAGGAAAUCACUGCAGACACAUAGUUCAUAUCUUAUUUUUUAAUUAGGUAAUAGCACUUUCAUCACCUUGCUGUUGCCACAGACGUUAAGACACAUGUGAUUUAAAAGCAGCUCUGCAUCUGCCCCGCAUGCAGGUGUGUGUGUGUCAGUGUGUGCCUGAACUGUUUGGACUGUGGACAAAAGGGGGUUGAGGUUAGGGUUUGGGGGUUGGGAUUGAUUCUUUCAGGGAACUGUGCAUCUGUCCAUGCAGCCAGCAGCUUUUAUGCAGGGGUCAGACUCUGUGCUUACUGAGCGUCUGCCGGGGUGGGGAGGUGUGCGAGGCGGGGCUCCCACACCGAUUUGCUAAAAUGCAUGUCAUGUCUGCAGUCUGGCUGCAGCUGCCCCGAUCAGGGUAAGAAAUCUGUGUCUGCCAGCUGGCCCCCAUUGACUCUCUCAGGGAUCGUUUGUCUGGGUCCUAGUGCCUCCUGUAGGUAAUUCAUCUGUGAUGAUCUGUGUAUGAGCGUCUCUUUCUCUCUUGGAGUAACUAUCCAAAGCCAACUGAAGUGACAGAUUGCCCAGUAUACUGGAUAUACCGUAUACCUGAAAACCCACAUGCUCUUAUUAAUUUCAGUUCAGUUGGCACCCGGGAGACUGGCAUUAUUUACCUCCCACCACCAGUUGUCAGAAAAGGGACAACGAAUCCAUAUCUUACAUAAACUGUGAAGAUGCAGCAGCGUGCAGUGCAAAGCGAAAGAACACAAAAUGAAAGGAACUUACUGUGCAUUUGCUCUUGGUUUAAACAGUCUCCAUAUAGUUGUGUUUCUUAUUGUAGGAGAGAUUUGGCUGAACUAGUUAUGUACGAUCAGUAUAAUUUUUAAUAGUUUGCUAAAUCUUAAGAACAAUGCCACAUUCAGUGGUCAAACUACACAUGUAAUUCAGGUAUCUACAUUUCAAGUGAAAAGGGAAAUGGUGUUAAACAUGAGGGCCAAUAGGAAAGAUGACAUGGUUUGUGAUGCGAGGCCUUCAUUCAUAAAACACAAAAAUAUGAGGAUUUUCAUUGCCUCAAUAUAUAUGUAUAGCGCAGAAAGAUUUAGUGCUUUAAGACUGAAAUGUUGGCAUUUUAAAUACUCAAAAUUGUAGAAACUGUAGCAAUAACCCAAGUUAUUGGAAACAUUUGUUUCACUAUAAGUGAGGCAUUGGAUGGCAUUAAUUUCGUAAUACAAAAAAGGUAAUUUGUAUUGCGAAAAUCCAAACUCAAGUUUGCAUGUGUUAUAAAUAAGGAGUUGUGAAUAGGUAAACAAAAUGCUUGGGCCUUCAACGAUCAUUAGGGAGAUGAUUACAAUACGUCCACUAUUUUAGCAGAUUCUCCACUACUGAAAUUGUGAAAUGGCUCACCAAACCUGAAAUUCACACACAGGAACGAGUCUUUGCAUUAAGACGUAUGGCAAUCAAAAAUGUCUCCAUACACUCUUGAAAUGUAUCAGGUCACUCACUGAACCAAUACAGUACCAAACACCAGCAGUCAAUUAAACAGACUCAGGACUAAAACAUCAGCCUACUGUGGAUCUGCUUUGAUUCAGCCAUUACUAAGAUGCACUCCGUUUGGCCAUUGUAUGUCAUUGUAGAUGAUCUGCAAACUGUAUGUGCAUCUGCAUCUGAACUGUAUGUAGCAUCAAAGGUCAAUCUGCAAAGUUGUACCUUUUUAAAUAUUAAAUAUUAAAAAAAU